AAUCUUAUACGUAUAAAACCUGGGCGUCCAGGAAAUCUCACAGCGCAAAGCCCAAAGGCUAAGCAACUACGAGAACAAGAAGAAACACACAAACACACGCCCCAAAGAGAGAGAAAAAUCAGAGAGCACUCGCUCGCUCGCUCCUCUUCUUCACCUCUCUCUCUGCUCUCUCCUUCUUCUCUGCGAUCCGAUCGCCCCCAAAUCUUUGGAACCCUAAUUUAUGCCCUCACAUUGCUCUGAAACCCUAAUCACUUCUCCAUUAUCGCUCUAAGUCCGCUGAAAUUUUGAUCACUCUAUCCCCAUUUUGCCCCUCCCCUCCUCGUCGAUCAACUCGUCGACUCUCUCUCGCGCUCGCUAACCCUAGCUUUUGCUUGUUAUGGCCAUGAUUAACUCCGCGAAUAAGAGCAGCAAUCCAGAAACGGCGUCGUACCCGGCCGUACAAUCGCCGCGUCACGCCGGCGAGAGUGUCAGCAGCCCCACCACCCAAUCGCGCCGAGCCGCCAGGGCGGUCUCGUCUCCGUGGACCCAAAUCGUGCGGGGAGAAUCUGAACCGAUCGCGGUCGCUCCUUCGUCGCCGUCGACGGCUGUGACUGAGCCAGCUGUCGCUGCUGCGCCUCCUCCUCCCCCUCCUUCUUCUUCUUCGUCUUCUCAGUCUCAGUCUAACUCUGCUCCUCAGUCGAAUUCGUCUUCGCCUCCUCCGGCGGAGGAGUCAGUGGGUGAGGGCUCCGAGAACGGCAAUGCGGGUAAGAGGCCAGCUUGGAACAAGCCCUCGAAUGGGGCCAUCGAGGUUGGGCCCGUAAUGGGAGCUGUUUCUUGGCCAGCCUUGUCCGAGUCGGCUCGGGCAUCGACGAAAUUGUCUCCGGAACCACUCAAAGGUGUAUCGGAACCACCUUUGUCUGUCUCCAUGUCGCAGGGGACUGGAACCACACCUACCUCAUCACCGAAACAAGUGAAUUCGUCUUCAACUCCAAACCAUACUGGACCUGCGCGCCAGAGAUCUAUGAAACGAAAUAAUGCAAGUGCCUCCUCUAAUGGAGGUCUUCCCCAGCAUCAAUCCUCAGCUGGUCAAGGUGUUGAAACGGUUCCAAAUAACCCUUCUCCUAAGGAGCAUACACAUAGGAGUGCAAUCGGCUCACAAUCUCACAGCAAUAAUGAUCAUCCACAGCAGCGUAACUCCUUCAGGAACCGAAAUGGCGGUUCACAUCCUCGUGGAGAUGGUUCUCACCAUCACAACUAUAGGCGGGAUCAGGACCGCGGCGGCCAAGAUUGGAACACUCAUCGAAAUUUUAACAAUAGAGACAACCACAUGCAUCCUCAAAGGAGUGUCCCUAGGAUGAUGAGGCCCCACCAAACACCACCACCACCACCUCCUAAUGCAGCCCAAUUUAUCCACCAACCACAGAUGAGGGCUUUUGGUGGGCCCAUAGGGUUUGAAAUGCAACCUCAACUGGUUUAUGUUACACAUACACCACAUGAGCCACUUGGAGUGCCUUUCGUUGCACCAAUGCGACAUCCCAUGGUUUUUCCCGCUCCUGAUCCUCAGCUGCAUACUAAGAUCAUUAAUCAGAUAGAGUAUUAUUUCAGUAAUGACAAUUUAAUUAAAGAUACAUUCUUGAGGCGGAACAUGGAUGACCAGGGAUGGGUUCGUAUUAAAUUAAUAGCAGGCUUCAAUAAAGUUAUGAAUUUGACAGACAACAUUCAGCUUAUACUGGAUGCUAUGAGAAUGUCAACUGUUGUGGAAGUACAGGGUGAUAAAAUAAGGAGGCGCAAUGAUUGGAUGAGAUGGGUAAUGCCAACUGCCCAGCCUCCUAAUGCGUCAGGCUCUCAGGCCCUAGGAAAGUCCGGUCAAGAUAUACUGUCAGCUCAGAUCCAAAGUAUUGCUCUGGAUGAGAAGACUGCUAGCAACAUCAAUAUUGAGAACAGUAGUCAGCCACAGCCGUCUAGUGGCGAGGGAGCAGGUCAAUUUGGUGUUCAAGCAGGUGCCGAUCGCUCUAUUUCGGCAAGAAAUUAGAGUUAAAGAGGGAUGUGCACUGACUAUGCACACUCUUGGAGAAAAAUGAACUGUGGGAAAAGGUGUUUAAAAGACGCGAUGGUGAAUAUCUUGUUUUCUCUUUUUUUUUUUUUUUUUUUCUUCUUCUUUUUGAAAAUAGUACUGAUGCCUUGGCAUGAUGAAACAUGGUUUCUCGCCAGGCAAAUAGAAAGAAACUAAAAAUGGGGAAAAGAGAACCAUCUAGGAACAGAAGAAAAGACUAGUUGGGGAAAAAAAAAGCCAAACGUUUGAUGACUCGAGCUAGUUGCAUGAGUUUAUUGGGAUUUCUGUACUUUUUUUAUGUUUCCUCUUUCUCUCCGUUUAAAUUUUAUGGUGGCAUGGUUGGUGCUUUCUUCUGGGGAAUUUUUGCUGUCUUUUCCCCAUACUGCCCCUCAGCUGGUUUUUACAAUCUUUGGGGUCAGCCAACCUCCAAUUUCAAGAGAUUAUGUGAUUUUGAGCGUGAUGGAGAGAGGGAGAGAGGGAGGGAUGGAUGGAUGGUGUUUGGGUGUCUGAGGGGAGAGGGUGGUCUUCGCCGGAUUCUGCUGGACGGUGCUACAGUAAAUUCGGCUACUAUUGAUGGCAUGAGGGUCAUCUUAUAUUAUUUUCUCACUUUUAAUAUAAUAUUUAGAAUUAAAUUGACAUAUAUGUAUACCUUCUAUCAUCUUCACCAUUUGAGGAUUUACGGCAUAAAUGGUUCCUGGUGGAACGAACUGAUGUAUCCAUCCAGGUCGGAACUGGAUGUGGUUGGUACUUCAUGUUGAUUGCAGUUUGGAACUUUACCUGCUCAGAAUCAUUGGAUUAAGCUUUUGUUUGAUAUUUUAAUUAAAUGUAGCGGAUCAUAUUUAUUUAUUCUAUUAUUUUCUAAUC